UGUUUAAAGGACAAAGGAUACAGCGUGCACAGUCGACACAUAGCCAUCUGUUCAAAGGGGAUCGUAAUCCUUGGCCUCCAUCUUUCCGCUCCUCUCCCUUCUCGAUCGAGCGAUCGAUCGCAUUGCUACGCUUCGUAUCUCGCCUUCUGCGAUCCCUUCCCAGGUUUCGAAUCUGCUCCGGAUUUCGCACAACAAUUGGAUCCUACUAUUGAAUCGAAGCAGGUGGUCUAGGGUUUGCCAAAGUGGGAUUUCUGGUAGGGCGAAUCGGGGUCUGAUCGUGUCGUCUUUCGGACUCCGAGAUGUCGGACCCCGCUUCCUUGGCUGCGGCCGUCGAGGCGCGAUUCAGUUCUCUGGAGCUCAUUGGCAGGGGAUCCUUCGGCGACGUCUUUAAAGGGUUUGACACAGAGCUGAAUAAGGAGGUCGCAAUUAAAGUCAUCGAUUUGGAAGAAGCUGAGGAUGAUAUUGAAGAUAUUCAGAAGGAAAUAGCAGUUUUAUCUCAAUGUAGAUCCCCAUACAUUACUGACUAUUAUGGUUCCUAUCUCCAUCAAACCAAAUUGUGGAUUGUGAUGGAGUACAUGGCUGGUGGUUCUGUUGCUGAUCUACUUCAAACUGGUCCCCCUCUGGAUGAAAUGUCUAUUGCAUGUAUUCUACGUGACUUGUUGCAUGCAAUUGAGUAUCUACACAAUGAAGGAAAGAUUCACCGGGAUAUAAAAGCUGCAAACAUUUUGCUUACUGAAAAAGGAGAUGUGAAAGUUGCAGAUUUUGGUGUUUCUGCAGAAUUGACAAAAACAAUGUCAAGAAGGAAGACAUUUGUUGGAACUCCAUUUUGGAUGGCUCCUGAGGUCAUUCAGAAUUCUGAAGGAUACAAUGAAAAGGCAGAUAUUUGGUCUUUGGGUAUUACUGCUAUAGAAAUGGCAAAAGGUGAACCUCCUUUGGCUGACAUGCAUCCCAUGAGGGUUCUUUUCAUUAUACCACGAGACAAUCCUCCUCAGCUUGAUGAGCAUUUCUCUCGACCUAUGAAAGAAUUUGUAUCUUUAUGUCUAAAAAAAAAUCCCACUGAGAGACCUAGUGCAAAGGAGCUUCUCAGGCAUCGCUUCAUCAGAAAUGCCAGAAAAAGUCCCAGGCUUUUGGAGAGAAUAAGAGAGAGGCCAAAGUUCAUUGCAAAAGAAGACAUGGAAGGCCAAAAUCUUACAAAAAUGUACGAUGAUGGGACAAGAACCAUGAAGGUGGUUAAUGAUGCUUAUUCAAGUGGCAUGGAUGGCGUACAGGGCACAGGGACUGUACGCAGCAUUGAGAAGCCUACUAGCCAAGCACCGCAAAGCACAGGUACUGUACGCAGCGUUGAGAAGCCUACUAGCCAAGCACCGCAAAGCACAGGUACUGUACGCAGCAUUGAGAAGCCUAGUAGCCAAGCACCACAAGGCACAAGUACUGCGCGAAUACCAAGACCAACAGAUGGUUUACAGGGUACAGGAACGGUCCAAAGUGCUGUAAGAUUGCCACAAGUUGAUUAUACAAGAGACAGAAAAAUUGAUGUCAUGUAUGGUUCUAACAAAACAAACAAGGUGGCAAGUAGAGAAAACAAGGCUGCAUCUGAAUCAGAAGGUUCAUUUGAUGAUUCUGCAUCAAGGUUCUCAUUGCAGAAGGUGGCUGAUCGUGGCAAAGAUGAUAGAGAGCUAGAAGAUUCUUUGGAAGAUGAUCAAAGUGAAUCAGGUACCAUCCUUAUACGCUCUCCAAAAGAAAUUUUGAAGCAGGCAGCAUUUGAUUCAAAUGUGAAGCCCAUUAGCAGGUACACCUCAUCCGAAGAUAUGUCAAUUAGUGGCACAGUAGUUCUUCAUGGCAAAAGUGAUGAAGCUGGUACUCUUCGCUCUUCAAAGUCUAGGCUAGGGAUGCAGGAGAAGGCAUCAAGUAGCUCCAAUGAAGAUAGUGCUACAAAUCUUGCAGAGGCAAAAGCUGCACUACAAGUAGGAGCAAGGAGAGGAAUUUCUAGGGAAAGACCUAUUCCGAACAAACAAGUUAAGGAUGCUCUUGAGAACAAAUUAACUGAAAGGACAACUGCAUCAGAGUCCUCUAGAAAUCAUAGUGAGAAUAUUGACCUACAAAAGGUAGCGAACAAGCCACGUCGGUUAGGUACUGAGCAAUCUCAAGCCAGAGCUUCUGCUGCAGCAGCAUCUCCUGCAUUGUCUUCAUUGAUUAUUCCUUCCUUAAAGGAGGCUACUGGUGAUAUGUCUCAAGCAGCAACAGUUGCAAAAGUGACAGAGUCAUUGAUGGAUUUGGAACACGAAAUACCUGGCUCUUGUGAAGCUCUGGUUGUUAAAAUUCUUCAACAAUUAGAGAGGUACCUCCUUUUUCAUCUCACUUACAAAGUACAUUCGUACCAGCUAUGUGAUUGGGAUCCCCCCAAUGAGCAU